AUGAGUGACGAGGAGAACAAGGUUGUGGAAGACUGUGAGGAUCCGGAGCUCGAAGACUUGUUGCAAAGUACUCUCACUGACUUCGAGACAAAGACAGAGAACAAAGCUGGUGAUGCCGAAGCUUGGGACGAAGACAAAUUCAUUCAGGAAGCCACUCAGCACUUUCAGCAGUCCAUGCGGGCCAUGUUGGCCACUGGGGCAGGGGCCACGGAUGCUGCGACUGCGGAAGCCGAGUUUUCUAAAGUGUUCGAGAAUAUUUUCCAAGGUGGACCGAUUCCCGGUGCCGCCGCCGCCGCCGCGGGAGCCGAAGGCGGCGGCGCCGGGGAUGAUCCGAUGGCGGAAAUGAUGCGGCUGAUGGGUUCAAUGUCCGCCGGUGGAGACACAGCUUCGUCGGAUGGGGAUACUGCGAACCCGGCGUCUUUCAUGCCCAUCAUGUCUGGUCUUCUCAUGCAAGUCCUUUCCAAAGAUAUUUUGUAUCCGUCUUUCACGGGCAUCUUGCAACGAUUUCCGGCGUACAUGGAGGAGAAUCGGGGCAAGUUGAAGGCCGAGGAUGUCAAGAGAUUCGAGGAGCAGCAGAGACUGAUGCGACUGGUUUGCGACGAAUUCGACGGGGAAUCGAAUUUCGACAAGAUCUUUUCGCUGAUGCAGGAGAUGCAGGUGCACGGAUUCCCUCCGAAAGAAGUAGUCGACGGUGCUGAAGCGCCGCCGGAUUUGUCCGCCCUCGGCCUCGACCCCAAUUCCCCGCCGGGCGAUUGCGUCAGAUGCACGCUAGAGCUUAGUAUGAAGUGCGAUGUCCGCGUUCGGUGGAUAAAUGUCGUGAAAAAUUGCGAGAUACUUGGUCGUCGUUACUAUAGACGUGAAAUGGCAGGGACAAUCUUGAAGAAUUACUGCCGAUCGGUCGGGCGUUUGUUGAACACGGAGACGUUUUGUGCCAAUCACCGAUUGAAGAUCGGUCGAGCCGCGAGCACCUACAAGGCAGCCAUUUGCAAUGAAUAUGGGAAGCCGUUGGUGAUUCAGGAUGUGGUCAGAACCAAGCUUCUGGACAGUGACGUUCGAGUGAAGGUCCACGCGGCAGCAGUGAAUGUGAAGGAUGUGGCUUGCAUUGCCGGAAAAGGAUACAGAUACCAUUACACGGGAAAGGCGCCUUUCAUUCCGGGAUUCGAAGUGUGUGGAGAAGUGUUGGAGGUCGGUGGGAGUGUGAAGAAGUUCCGCAUCGGAGACCGAGUCAUCUGCUUGAACCAUUCGACCCUCGGGGGAUUCGCCCAGGAAUGCGUCGCUGAAGUUUCUGAUUGCUGGGGCAUCGACCAAAACGUGGCCUUCGACAAGGGAGCAGCCCUGUUGGAAUCCUACGCCACAGCCAUCCUGGCGUUUGGUCACCGCCACCGCCUCAAGGGCGACGGGAAGGAGGUGGUGCUGGUGACAGCUGCAGCCGGCGGCCUCGGCCUAGCCGCCGUCGACGUGGUGGCCAACGUGUUCAAGGCCAAGGUGAUUGCCGUUUGUGCGACGGAGGAGAAGAACGCCGAAGUGCGGGACAUUGGGGCCUGGGCCAGCCUCACGUUUGACCCUGAGCACGUGUUGGCGAAAGUGCGGGAAGUGACGGGCGGCAAGGGCGUCGAUAUCGUGUACGAGGCCGUCGGUGGGCCUGUUUUUGAGACGGCUCUCAAAUGGGGUAAACAUGAAGAAUCCAUCAAAGUUGUCAGCGUGAAGCACGAGGGAACUCUGAUCGUCGUGGCGUUCUCGUCGGGCAAGGUGCCGCGCCUCGGGGCGCACCAGCUGUUCGAAAAGGCGCCGGGGAUGACGGGCCUGUCCCUGCCGCACUACCGGGAAAGCAACCCGGCGCUGUUCAAGGCUCUGUGCGACGAAGCCCUAGAGCUUUUCACCGCCGGCCUGGUGUCGCCCAAGAUAUCCUACGAAAUGCCGCUGGAGAGCGUGAAUGACGCCUUUGCCGUGUUCACGGAUGCCCAGAAGACCGGCAAGGUCUUGGUCGUGCCGGAUUUGGAGUCGAAGAAGUAGUGGCUGUUUUUUUUUGUUUUGUGUUUUUGUUUUUGCUGCGGAAUUUGGUGUGUUGCUGGAUUUCAUAGCAAUGAAUGAAUGAAUGCGAUGGCGAGUGGACAUGUUUUUUUUUUGAGUCUCCGUCUGGCUUUUGUUGAUGACGGAUGCGAGCUUGGAAUGCAGUGGAGCUUUUCCGUUUUGUUGGCGUCAUGGUUUUUUGAGAGGUCCAGGAUAUUCUUGGAUUCUUUGAAUGACUGACGCGUCCGGAAGAAAUAACGUGGAUUGAAAUGAAGGAAACGAGGAAGACGUCA